AUUGUUUCCCGAAUCUUUCUUGUUUAUUUUUAUUUUCAUUUUAACGUGCUAAUAUGUUCCAGUGAUGAGAGAGCUGAUUUCAAACUACCAAAAGAUCUUAUACAGGCAAAACGACUAGGUUUGGUUCUUUCAAAGUACAAGGACAAGCAUUAUUAUACUGUCCUGUUUGGUAUAUCAACUGUGUACAUCAUGUUACAGUCGUUAGCUAUUCCUGGUUCAAUUUUCCUCACUGUUCUUUCAGGAUAUUUAUUUCCAUUUCCAAUUGCGUUAUGUCUAGUUUGUACGUGUUCUGCUUGUGGCGCACAAAUAUGUUAUUUCUUUGCUCUUCUAUUUGGACGUGAACGAAUUAUGGCAUUUGCACCGGAAAAAAUAAGCAAAUGGAAAAAUGAGAAUGAUUGUUUAUUCAAGAGAAAUUUGGGUAAAUCUGGGACGUUUCAAAGCGUUUUCUACAAAUACUGUUAUUACAUAAGUGAACGCGUAGCACCACCGUCGUGUAUCUACAUCCAGGCAGGUGCAACUCUUCAAAGGCUAACACAUAUGGGAGCAGCUUGGUCAUGGAGCGCCAUAUUAGUAGUGGCUCUUACUGCGCUUUUGUCUUUGGUACCCAUCUUCUACAAACGGCUAAAUAAGAACAAUGGAACUUCUGAUAUAUUAACAAAAAAUAUAAAAAGCUCGUAG